ACUGAAUUGGUGAUCGGUGUUAUAGAUUUCGGCCCUUUUUUUGAAGAGUUGCUUUUUCGACCGAUCUCUGCCUCUGGUUGCCGCUGUUUUGCAUUCAGUUUGUAUCUGCUACCGAGUUCUGGUACCGGAAUUAGUCAAGAAUGGAUGAGCCACCAUCGAGUCCGAUGGGGUUAGAGGUCAUCGAUGUGGAGACUCCUGGUGGCUCCUCUGUGACCUCUCAGAAGGAGUACACCCCUAUACUCAGCUUUACCCCCAGACACUAUCAACUUGAACUCUUGGAAACGGCUUUGGAGCAGAACACAACAGUGUGCCUGCAGUCUGGAACAGAGAAGACAUUCUUAGCGGUAAUGCUAAUCAAAGAGCUCUCUGGGUCAGUGAGGUUACGUCUAGAGGAUGGAGGAAAGAGAACCAUCUUUCUUGUCAAUUCAGAAUCCUAUUUGUCAGAGUAUGGCAACGUGAUCCACACACACACUGAUUUAAAUGUUAAGGAAUACAGAAAUAGCGAUAAAAUGAUUUCAUGGGACAGAACAAGAUGGCAGGAUGAAAUUGAACAUUGUCAUGUUGCAGUGAUGGACAGUGAGAUCUUCCUCAAGCUCCUGCAGAUGUCCUAUGUUGGACUGUCCAUGCUCAAUCUGCUUAUCCUAGAUGAGUGCCAUCACACCCUCCAGCAUCUUCAUCCAUACCACCAGAUCAUGCUAGCGUUCAAACAGUAUCCCAGGGAUGAUCGCCCCAGAAUUCUGGGGCUAACCGAAUCGAUUCUGAAAGGGGAUUUCAAGCCAUGUGCUUUAGAGGAGCACAUAGAUAUGUUAGAGACCUCGCUUCAGAGCAAAGCAAAAAUAGCAACAAAUUUGACCAGUAUUAGCAAAUAUGGCACCAAGCCUAAAGAAGCAGUCAUCGUCUGCAGGAAGUACGAGGACUGCAUUGAGUUGGUAUCAAAACUAUCAAAGCUCCUCACAGACGGUCUUGACCAACUCAACCAGUUUGAAUACUCCUUCAAAGCCAGGGACUUUGAAGGUGAACUAGUUGACUGCAAGCGUGAUCCUGUAUUGCCUGCCAGACAAGCCCUGAUGGAAUGCCUCUCGACUCUAAGAACGAUCGGCCCUCUAGGGGUCAAGAUUCUCAUCCCCAUGCUGGUAAGAGAAAUACUGAAGCUUGAGAAACACGAGUUCUUGGACGUUCACCUCCUGUUCCUGCAGCAUGCAACCACCCAGCUCAGGAUGGUUGAAAGGAUAUGUGACAAUGCCCUCAGGGAAGGAGGCAAUUUCUACGACCUGAAAUUUCUGACUCCGAAAGUGAGGAGGCUGUUGGAAGUUUUAAGUGGAUUCAAACCAAAGGAGGUGAGCCCAGAAGAGAAAGCUCAGCAGAGCACUAAUCGGGAGAGGGCCAACAAGUUUGCAUCACGCAGAAAGGCACAUAGAUCUCAUAAGGACAUUAAAAAUCCAAGAUGGAGACCUAUAGUACCAGAAGACCAAGACGAGGACGAAGUAAGCGAUGAGGAAGAAGAAGAAGAGGAGGAUGAAGAAGAUGUGGGUCUCCAGCAAACUGGCCGCUCCACCACCAACCUCUGCGGCAUCAUCUUCGUGGAGCAGCGUUACACGGCAGUGGUGAUGAGCAGGCUCUUCAAGAAGCUCUCUAAGAGGGACCCCAAUCUCCAUUUUCUCCUCUGUAGCUGCAUAGCCAUGGGCAGCGGGAGGCUGGGCACAACGAAGAAGUCUGCCAUACAGGUCCAGAACCAAAGGAGGAAGCAUGAAGAAGUACUGAGGAAGUUCAGAAGGAGAGAGGUCAACGUUUUGGUUGCUACCAGCUCUGUGGAAGAUGGUGUGGAACUCCCCCGCUGCAAUGGCUGCAACCUUGUGGUGCGGUUUGAUCGCCCUACCAGCUACCAGUCUUAUAUGCAAUCCAAGGCCAAGGCCAGGGCACCUACAUCGCACUACCUCAUGCUCAUAUAUGAGCCGGAUGUACAACUAUUCCUUGUAGACGUGCAGUGCUACCAGGAGUUUGAAAGGGUCCUGAAUAGGAAGAGUAAAGGUAAGACCCAGCCGCAAGAAGAGGUAUUAGACCUCCUGGUAGCUGACAAACAGAUGCCUGCAUACAUCCCCAAGAAUGAGGAAGGGUCACCCAGGGCCUCGAUGACCACUGCCAUCCAGAUUAUAAACAGAUACUGUGCCAAGCUGCCUAGUGAUGUGUUCACCCAUCUGACUGCCUCCUGUAAGAUGAAGGAGAGAAAGGGUGAUGUUAGCCCAGAGUUCCAGGCCACUCUUCAGCUGCCCAUCAACUCGCCCAUCAGGAAACCCAUUACAGGUCCAUGGAUGAAGCGCAAGAAGUGGGCCACGAUGGCAGUGGCUGUCAAAGCUGCUACGAUUCUACAUAAAGCAGGAGAGUUGAAUGACUACCUGCAGCCAAUGGGGAAGGAAUCGAUCCUGAAGGCAACUGAUAAUGCUUUCAAUCAUCUGUUUGCUGAUGGCCAGACACGACCAGGAACAACUAAGAAGAGACAGUACUAUGAUAAAGAGGUUGCCAAGUGCCUGCAGGAAUGCCUUCCACAAGCAGAUCAACCUUGCUACCUGUACAGCGUUGACAUGAGCCUGGCCUCACCUCUACCAGACAUCCUCAACAUCCGGGAGAGGAGACUCCACAGACCAGAGGAAACCCAGCAGUGCUUUGGCAUCAUCACCUCAAAGCAAAUACCAAAGGUCCCUGGAUUUCCAGUCUACACCCGAGCAGGGGAGCUCGCCGUCUCCAUCACGCUUGAGUCUGAUGUAAUUCGACUAAGUGGCUCCCAGAUCAGGAGAGCCCAGUCCUUCCAUGGCUGCAUGUUCUCUGAAGUGCUACGCCUGGACAAACCCAACCUAGAGCUGAACCCGGAGAAGAGUCAAGCAAACUACCUUAUCGUGCCUCUCAAAGAAGGUCCUUCUGGAGGUCCUUCUGUGAUUGACUGGUCAUUCCUGGAGAAGGUCAGCCUGAGCUCUGGUCAUCUCGACCAACCUACUCAACUCCCAGACUACAGCCAGAGCCAGUUUGAGUUCUCCACAGACAUCCUAGCUGAUGCCGUGGUCACACCUAUCUACAGGAACAUUGACCAACCCCAACGUUACUUUAUGGCAGACAUCCUCUACGACUUACCCGUGACCAGUCCUUUCCCAUCCGAGAAAUACGAGACGUUUGUAGACUACUACUUUGAGCGGUACGACAUCCAGAUAUCCAACUUCCAGCAGCCGUUGGUCGACGUUGACUGCAUGUCAUCAAGGCUGAAUCUGUUGACUCCAAGGUAUCUGAACCACAAAGGGAAAGCAUUGCCCAUCAGCACUGGUCAGAACAAGAAGGGUAACCUGCAGAAGAAGCAAUACCUGGUGCCUGAGCUCUGCUACAUCUACCCAAUACCCGCAUCCUUGUGGCGAAAGGCCGUAUGCCUUCCAUCUAUCCUCUACAGACUGAAUGCUCUGCUGAUUGCAGAGGAACUCAGAGUACAGGUGGCCGAGGAGGCUGGCAUCGGCUUAAAGACACUUCCACAAGAAUACCCAUACCCAAACCUGAGCUUUGGAUGGGAGGGGCUUGACCUGGAGGCCCUCGAGAAACAAGAGAAAGAGGCUGAAGAAGAAGCAGCUAGGUGUGAGGAGGAUAAAGAUAAUGCAAUACAUGAUGAACCAAAGUGCAAUAACAAUGAGCAGCUGAAACAAAAGGAACGUGCAGCUGAGCUUGAAGUGCGGACAAACAAGAGUGAGGAACAUAAAGUGAAUGAGCAGCUGAACUCACCCAGUAACUCAAAAGGAGAGCAACAUUCUGGGGGAGAUAUGAGUGUAAACAGUACUAUUGAGAGCAAAGAAAUCUUAGAUGAUGGGAACUUUCACCUUGAUGAUGAUGGUAAAGACCCGCAGAUGUGCCUUGGACCCAGUCCUACUAUUAUAUUGCAGUCCUUGACCAUGUCCAAUUCCAGUGACGGUUUCAACCUUGAACGACUUGAGAUGCUAGGAGAUUCUUUCCUGAAGCAGGCUGUGACUGCCUAUCUAUACUGCACAUACCCUCACCUGGAUGAGGGCAAGCUCUCAUUUCUCAGGAGCAAACAGGUUAGUAAUUUCAACCUGUACUGCUUGGGUGAUAAGAAAGCACUAGCUCAUAAGAUGCAGGUAUCACUGUUUGAUCCAUCCAUCAACUGGCUACCACCCUGCCUGCUGGUCAAAGAGAGCUCCAGACCUGUCCCUAAGGAAGAGACCGAAACCGACCCGGAUGCAGGAUUUGUCAUCGAUACCUGGGAUCCCUCGACUGUUGAAGGCGUGGAUGACUUCGAUGAUGAUGACUUCGACAGUGAUCAGUGUUGGGAGGAGAAUAGCGAUGACUUCUCUGAUGAAGAGAUUGAUGAGACGAAGGCAGAAUGUCCGGAUGAUUUCUUUGCAAGGGAAGAGAAGGACAAGGAGCAGUGGUCAUUCUCUGUCGGUGAUCCAGACGAUGUCCCGGGUCUGACGUACACCGGUGCUAAAACGCAGGACUUGGGGAGUGUCCCUCAGCUGCCGUAUGAGAUCCACACCCAGCACAGCAUGUCUGACAAGAGCAUUGCUGAUUGCGUCGAGGCCUUGAUCGGUUGCUACCUGGUGUCCUGCGGCUUCCGUAGUGCCCUUCUCAUAAUGGCCUGGAUGGGAUUGGAUGUCCUUCCUACCAUCGAUGGUCAAUCCAAUAAGCGGAAUGACCAAUCCUCAGACCUUCCUGCAGCUGAUCUUCCAGUGUCUUGCCUCUAUGGCUACCUCAAGCAACCAGAGUCCCCUCUCCUCAGGAGUGUGCCCAAUGCAGAGGACGUGUUGCAGCACCAGCUUGUGGGAUACGACGGCUUUGAGAAGACCAUCAACUAUCGCUUCAGGGACAGGGCUUACCUGCUACAGGCCUUCACUCACUCAUCUUACCAUCGCAACAGCAUUACUGACUGCUAUCAGAGGCUUGAAUUUCUUGGAGAUGCCUUACUAGACUACCUCAUCACUCGCCACCUUUAUGAUCAUCACACCAACCUCUCCCCCGGAGCCUUGACCGAUCUCCGCUCGGCCCUGGUCAACAACACCAUCUUCGCUUCCUUGGCCGUCAAAUUCAACUUCCACAAGUACUUCAAGGCCUAUACAGCCAACAUGUUUCAAGUCAUUGAUAACUUUGUGACCUUCGUCGACGCCAAGAAUGAAGCACUGGGAAUGGAUUCACAGCUCAAGUACAGUGAGAUGGAUGGAGAACAAGAGGAGUCUGAAGAUAUCGAAGUCCCCAAAGCUCUAGGAGACAUCUUUGAAUCGGUGGCUGGGGCCAUCUACCUUGAUAGUGGCAUGUCACUCAAUGCUGUGUGGAAAGUCUACUAUCCCAUGAUGAAACAACAGAUAGAGCAAUAUGCCUCAGACCUACCAAUAUCUCCUGUCCGAGAACUGCUAGAGAUGGAACCAGAAACAGCACGAUUUGGCCCUCCGGAGAAGACCAUCGAUGGCAAGACAAGGGUCACAGUUAACGUGGUUGGCAAGGGACAGUUCAAGGGUAUCGGACGGAACUACCACAUCGCCAAGGCAACAGCAGCUCGUUUUGCUCUGCGCCACCUCAAGAGCCAGCCCAAGAAGUGAUAACAAUUAUGAUUAUCAAGGAGUAAGGCCUUGUUGACACGUGAGUCAACAGUCUUAAAGAAAACCAUCUUGGCAAAACGUAUAAAGACAAGCAUGGUGUGCUUCACGUUUGUGUGUAAUAUAACACACAGAUAUUAAAGUGAGCAUGCUGAGGGGCUUUUGUUGCUUGCAGCUACUUUUUUAUUCAUUUAUUUCAUGCCAUAUAAUGAAUGAAUGAGGCUUAAGGUUGCAGGUAAAUGGUUGUAUCUUGUGUUGAGUGCUUGGAAAUUUAAAUGGAUAAUGUGGCAACUAACUGGUUGGAAUGCCCCACCUUCCUCCCCAAUAGUAUGGACAGCAUGACAGUGGAGUGUCGUGGUCGAGUGGUUUAAGGCGCUUGACUGUAGAUGCGAAGGUCGAGGGUUCGAAUCCCGACACGGCACUAAUAUCCUUUGGCAAGAUA